UUUCCAAGAAAGCGUGCGAAUUGACAGGAAAUGUGUUGCCAUCUGAUUGCUGAGGUCUGCGAGGAAAAGAUAUAUAUGAAGAGUAAUCGAGAGAGAGAGAGAGAGUUAAACUCAACAAUGUCUCAACCAAGUAAGCAGAAACUUCAAGAUGAUCUACAUAUGCUAGAGAUGAAAAUAAAAGAGCACGAGGAAAACGUAAAAUCUCUGAAGACUCAAAAUAACAAGUUAGAUGACUCCAUUCUUGAUUUGCAAGGUAUAAAUGAGAACAACUCCCAACUUCAGACUGAGGAGCAAACAACUGAACAGAUUCUACAGCAUGAAAAAUCUGCUGCUGGCAUUUUGUGUCAAUUGAAAAAACCGCAUGGUACUCAGGCUUCCCAUCGUCCAUUGACCAAGGAUGUGCUGGGUAUUGUUGCUACACUUGGAAAAGUUGAUGAUGAUAAUCUUAGCAGGCUUUUUGCAGAGUACUUGGGAGUGGAGACCAUGCUGGCGAUUGUCUGCAAGACAUAUGGAGGUGUUAAAGCUCUAGAAGCAUAUGACAAUGAAGGCUGCAUAAAUAAAAGUUCUGGUCUUCACGGGCUUGGGGCUUCCAUUGGGAGGGCUUUGGAUGGCCGAUUUCUCGUUAUUUGUCUUGAAAAUAUAAUGCACGAACCAUAUGCGGGUGGGUUUAUAGCUGAUGACCGACAGAGAAGGUUUGAUCUUAUAAAGCCAAGGUUACCUAAUGGAGAGUGUCCACCUGGGUUUCUUGGGUUUGCUGUGAAUAUGAUCAACGUGGACAACACAAACUUAUUUUCUCUCACAGCUAGCGGGUACGCCCGGUACGGCCUCAGGGAGACGCUAUUUUAUAAACUCUUCUCUCGUGUGCAAGUAUAUAAAACAAGAGCGGAAAUGUUACUUGCUCUUCCUUGUAUAAGUGAUGGAGCUCUUUCUUUAGAUGGAGGAAUGAUUAGGAGUACUGGUGCUUUUUCCCUGGGGAAUCGGGAAGAUGUAGAUGUGAAAUUCCCAAAUCCCUUGGUGACAUCAACUCUACGUGAAAACUACAUUGAAGCUGAGAGUCAGGUGAAGGAGAUGAAAUGGAAAAAAGAAAAGAUGCUGGAAGAUAUGAAGAGAGAAGAAGCAUUAUUGCAUGCUGCAAAGUUUGAUUUUGAUAAAAGGAAGCAAGAGUUUUUCAAGUUCCUUGCUCAAAGCUCAUCGUAUGCAACUCAGGUAGUUGCCUUGAACUAG